AUGGAUAACAACUGCUCCAAAGAGCAUGUUUUAGAGAGAGUCGGUGAUGGAGGCAUGAGGGAGUUGCCAGAGAACUCAUCGCCAAAACUAGAGGAAACAAACGAAGGCCUAGAGAAGUUGGAGAAAGAAGACAAAACAGUCCAAACAGAAGAGCUCGGCAGGGACAGUAAUCUAACAAGAACGAGGAGGUUGUUGAACAAGAAGGAAGGGGAGAAAGAGGAGCCCUUGAUGGAAUACAUUGCUAAUGAUCGUGAUUUUGCCGUUGUAUAA